AUGGCGGACGAGACGAAGCCGGUGCAGGUCAAGCAGGAGCCGAUCGACGAUUCGAACAUGAGCGAUUUGACGUCGUUGGUGAGUCCAAAUUCUCAACUUUUGACAACGAAUAUACCCCGCAAAUGGUGGCUUCGCAUUCGUUUCGCAAAUCAAUAAUAUCUGGAAACCUGAUAUUUUGCUUGAUUUUCAGGGGGGGAAUAGAUAUUAAAUCCGUUUCUUGAGAAAUUUUCAGAUCCAAGGAGUGCUGCAACAGACGCAGGAUCGUUUCCAACACAUGUCCGAUCAGAUAAUCCGUCGUAUCGAUGAUAUGACUCAACGGAUCGAUGACCUCGAGAAGAAUAUCAGCGAUCUGCUGCAGUCGAAUCAGGUCGAACAGCCGCCUUCCACGAACUGAAGGUGAGGAAAGAUGCGGUUGCGAAAUGAGUAUUCCAGAAAAAUCACGCGAUUACCUUCGCGGAAAUGCCGAAAAAAGUGAUGAGAUUUCCGAGCGCAUCCAAGUGUUUUCAGGUGUGCUAUCAUCAGCCAACCCGUCAACAUCGUCUCUUCUAUCAGCACACUCCCUUCCGAUUAUGCACGCGGAUCGCACUAAUCCUUUUUUCUAUCUUUUCCGCAUUAAUGCAUUUUCAUCAUACGUCGCCGUCGUUUCUCAAUGCUCUCUUCUCGUCGGAUGCACCGCCCCACCUCUUCAUCGCAUAUAUAAUGUAACAUUGUGUAUUAUUUCCAUUUUCUGCCAAAUGAAGCCUCUUUCGCUCUUCUCUUUUUCCAUAUCGACGAUAAGAUUGAGAAUAACUUUGUAAUACCUUUAAAAUGUUUGGAACUCUGGAAUCUUCUUAUUCUUUUUCAGAUGGGCGCCGAUAAUUCGAAAGCGCCAAGAGGCAUUCGCAACAUCGAGGCGGCCGACGCGGUAGCGUUUAUCAAAAGAUUUAAAACAGAGACGAACGGAAAAGAUAAAAUGAACAAGGAACAGUUUCUGGUGGGUACUAAAAGAUUUUUUGUUGCGAAAUGCCGCGUAUUUUCAGAAAACGUACCCGAUUUUCCGCGAUUACGGACCAAAGUUAUUUUUCCAACUCCUCAACAAUGAGCCGCAGGUUUCGCUGAGCACUUGGCUAAAGACGAUUGAUCAGGCAAUGGGCCACUUCGACACCCUCGCGGCAGUCCUCCAUCGCUGCUUCGGAGAGGACAAAAAUGUGAUCAUAGGCAAUGUGGUCAAAAUUUACUGCGCGGAACUUGAAAUGUCCCGUCAGGAGCAGGUCCUUCUCUUCGAUUACUUCGACCAACAAGUCAGCGACGAGUUGAAAAAACCGGAGCAGAUAGAGCGCUUCCUCUCGGCGUGCCCGCUCUUCGCCUACAUCGCCCUCUUCAUCUUCCAGCGAGUUCUCGAGAAACCGGGCGACUCGAAGAUACCCGUCCUCUCGGAGAAGUCGGCAAUUUUCGGAACUAUCGAUUCUCUCAUCAUCAACUCCCAUCUGCCGUUCGAUCGUCGCAAAGAGUGGACUCUUCUGUACUCAAACCAAACGAUGGGACACUCUUUCUCCCAAAUGGUCAAACGCGUCAACGGAGAAGGUCCGGUGCUGGUGGUGAUCCGUUCCGAAAAGAAGAUUCGCUUCGGCUUUUUCGCUUCUGCAGGAGUUCAUGCGGGACCACAGUACCAGGGGUCGGCCGAGUGCUUCCUGUUCCAGCUUCAUCCGAAGCUCGUCACGUACAGUGCGACCGGACGAACCGACAACUACGCCUACCUGAACUACCAGCAGCAGACGCUUCCGAAUGGAAUGGUCAGUUCUUCUUCCGUCAGCUCAUCAGAGCACAUUUAUAUUUUCAGGGACUGUCUGGCAGGGAUGACAUUUGGCCGUUGUUCAUUCGCGAAGAGUUCGACUCGGGAACGUGUCAGAAGAAUUCGAGCUUCUAUGAACCGUGCUUCGUGGCCGAGGCGGAGGAGUUCAAAAUCAAGACGAUCGAGGUGUGGCGUCCGGGAAACAAGCCACAGAAGACGUUCGAGGAGCAGGUGGAGAUGGCCGAAAAGUCGGAGAAAUCCGUGAUCGACAAGGAUCCGGAGGCCCGUGCCGUCCUCGAAAUGGCCGGAAAGUCGAUGCACUCAGAAGCGUAUCGCGAGCCGGCGCCACUUCUUUCCGACGAAUGA